GCCCCGAUCGCUACUAAAAUUCAAUAUAUCGAAUCAAUCCGACACGCGCCCUUCCCACUCCCAGUCCCCCGGCCGUUCCGAUUUCGGUGGGUGUCUCCCACCAGUUGCCGCCUCUUUUGGCGUCACUAAUGCCUGACCGACCGCCAGAAUAUUCGUUCGAUUGAAACAAACAAAAAAAACCCAAACACAAACACACGAUCUAUUCAAACAAAAACAAAAACAAUAAACCCUCGAAUGCGUGAUUUUAGUAUUUGUUUUUAUAUUCGCCUGAAAACUGAAAAUCCACAAUCAACCCGAUCAGCAAACGAAUAAUAACCAAAAUAAUAAUCAAGUUCUCUUCGCCUCGCCAUUCAGUUCUAUUUAGUCAGUCGUCGGCGCUGAAAGUGCACUGUGCUCUCCACUCCUCUCCGGUUGGGGUUGGGGAUCGAUCGGCUCUGUCUCCAGGGGCUCUCCAGAUAAAGUGCUCACCAGAACUGAAACCAAAGAACUCUAGAAGUAGAGGAGCAAGGAAAGCCAUACAUCUGACAGAUACACACUCUCAUCGACAACAGCAUCACCACCACAAACAAAAUGCUGAAGACAAAAUCAAGUGACGACAAGCUGGAUACGCUCCUGUCGCGCAGCGUAGUGCCGAUCAUCGAUCUGGCACACUGUGGCAUUGAGGAGGUGCCUGUCAAGUCUGUGGUCAAUCGCGUGGGCCACCAGCUGAAAAAGGCCCUGUCCGAGAAGGGUAUGGCUCUGCUGGUCAACCAUGGAAUAUCCGACGAGAAGCUUAAGACUGCCUGGGAUCAUUUGGAUGAUUUUGUGGACCUACCGCCAGACGUCAAGCAGCACUACAUCCGCACAGAUGGCGACAAGCAUGGCUAUGUGAGUCGCGGCCAGGAUCGGUACGCCGGGAAGCCCGGUGCCCCCGAGCUGCGUCACGCAUUCAACAUUUGCACACUGAAUGCCCAGAAUCUGCCAGAAGAGCCGCUGCCCGGAUUCGCGGACCACAUCAGCACACUGGCCACGGACUUCAAGGCGCUGGCCAGCUUCAUUCUGCAGUCGCUGGCCGUCUCCCUGGACAUUCCGACCACGUUCUUCCUCGAAAAGCACUCACACAUGCUGUCCGGCGACCACGACAACAUGACCUCCCUGCGAAUGCUCUACUACCCCCCGAUCGUGGACGACGAGCCCGGCCAGAACGACUCCAUCAGGGGGCGCUGCCUCUACAGCUACCAGCGCUGUCUGUCCAACCAGCCGGACUUCCGACCCGAGAACAAUCCCCGCGACGAAGCCGAGCUCAAUGAGCUGGACGGGCCCAAUGGCCAGGUCUUCGAGCACAAGCUUGGAAACGGAGCUGUCAUCACCUGCCCACCACAUGUGGACUACGGCACGUUUACUCUGCUGGCCCAGGACUCGGAGGGUGGCCUGGAGGUGAAGCUGCCCGGCAGUGAAAAAUGGCAUCGCGUGGGCCAUUUGCCCGGCUCCAUUCUGGUCAACUGCGGCCAAAUCCUGAACACUUGGACCCAGGAUCGCUAUCCCGCCUUGCAACACCGCGUCGUUGUGCCUGAACAGGAGUCGGUACGGUCUCGGGGCAGGCACUCUAUUGCCCUCUUCUGCCAUCCGGAUAACAUAACCAUGAUAUCGCCCAGCGAUCUGCCCAAUCCAGAUGCCGCCCAGGACGUGUGUCUCAAGCAGCGCAAGAAGUCCUUCAAGGCGGCGAAAGAAAGAGUCUACAAUGCAUAUCAGUUAAUACAAAAAAAGUUUAGAGAUACGUAUAGCAAUAACAAUCACUCAUAACGAGGGGCACCACACGGCCUCUGCCCCACCUGUCGCAUCUCUACCUGAGCAGAAAUGAAGAUCUUCGUGUGGAUGGGUGUAACGAGUAGAGUGAAAAGAAUGAAAGAGCACAACACACUUGAUGUUUUGAACCUUUUUAUUAUUAUUACUUUAUUCCAUACGAUUGUAAUUGCUUCAUUUCUUGAAUGUACUCGUACACGGGUACUCCACAUACAAUACAUACAUACAUACAUACAUAUGUACAUGCAUAUCAUUUC